AUCUCUGCAGCUAGCCGCUAGUGUCAACAGAGGAGCUGCUAGCAGCGGCUUUUCUCUGCUAACAGCUGCAUUAACGGAGGAGUUACCUUCUGGGUGAAGCUGACAGCGAGAGAAAGGGCCAGAAGAACCGGCUGGUGAGGAAGAGGAGGUUAAUUCAUCCUGGUUACUGUUAAGGUUGCAGCCUGUAAAUGUGAGCUGAUUGUUGGUCUGCAGGUCAGAGGUGACAGGUGACUGUGCAAUGAUGGAGCAUUAAAGCCCUGAUGGAGCCUCAGGGUAAGAGCUCUGAAGAUGAUGAUGGAGGAGAGCGGGGUCUCCUCCACUCAUGGAGGGGCUACUCCUGCAGCUUGGUCCCAGAGAGGCUGCUCCUCCAGAGGCCGGUGCUCCAGGUGGCCCUUGGGGCCCAGCAUGGAGUGCUGUUGGUGGAAGGAGGACAGGUGUAUAGUUUCGGAGAGUUACCAUGGAAGCAGGCCCAGGUCGCCCAGGCGACGAAGCCAACCCUUGAGAACGCCCUCAGCGGUCAGCGAGUUGUUUCCGUGGCAGCGGGGAGCUUCCACAGUGGGGCGGUGACAGAAGACGGCAGCGUCCACAUGUGGGGGGACAACGGGGCGGGCCAGUGCGGCCUGUCGGGCCUCAGCUGUGUGCCCAACCCCACGCCGGUGGCUUUGUCGGACCCAGGCGGCACCCAGACGGCGCCGGUCCUGGAGCUGGCCUGCGGGGAGAAACACAGCCUGGCGCUGUCGGUGCAGAGGGAAGUGUGGGCGUGGGGCAGCGGGUGCCAGCUGGGCCUGAACACCGACGUCUUCCCCGUGUGGAAACCUCAGAGGGUGGAGCAGCUGGCUGGGAGGUUCGUGCUGCAGGUGGCCUGCGGGGCCUCCCACAGCCUGGCCCUGGUGCGCUGCCCAGGGCUCGAGGGCCUCCAGCGCCCUCCUGUGGACAAAUGCAACCAGUGUAACCAGCUGCUGUACACCAUGACGGACAAGGAGGACCACGUCAUCAUCUCUGACAGCCACUACUGCCCGCUGGGGGUGGAGGCCAAAGAGGAGCCCGCUCCCACCCAAACGCUGAAAACAUCCCCGUCUGAACCCGUCCUGCCCUCCCACAGCAGCUCUACUUCAACCCCAGCAGAUCCCACCCCGGACCCUCAGGACCCUCAGAAAGCAAACCUCACUAACGGAGCGCCCCCUCCCUCCGACUCGGACCCCCCAGCUCCCCCUAAAGCCAUUAAAAGCUCCCCUUAUCCAGACGAACAGGAGGUAAAGGAGUAUCUGAGGAAGCUGUCGGACACGUCGCAGGCGGAAACCAAGAUGGCGGCAGGAGGUCUGCACACCAUGCAGCCGUCAUUGUCCGGACGCAGCUCUUCCGCUCUCAACAGCCUGGUGGCUUCCUGCGCCUCGGCGGUGGGCGAGCGGGUGGCCUCCACCUACGAGGCCCUGUCCCUGAAGAGGAUGAUGAACUUCUACCUGCCGUCACGGCUGGAGGUGCUCGGCGGGGCGGCUGACGGCUCUGCCGAGCGAGUCCGCAGGGAGGAGUCGGUGCAGACCAAGAAGAGCUCCAGCACGGGGGACAUCCAUGAGGAGGAGGCGGAGGGUCUGCUACGCCGCCUCUCACUGCCGGGGCUCCUCUCUCAGGGUAGAUACGCUGUUCACCUCUUAUCCUCCUCCUAUGGGCCGCUGCUGUCGCCGAGGCUUUUGAGGAAAAUGGGACGCGGACCGAAGACGAGGACCUUCGCCCUCACGCCAAUGGGAGGGGGCGUCCCUGAGGACCAGGAGGUGUUUCCCACCCUGCAGACCGAGGUUUGGAGCUGGGGACACGGCGAACACGGCGAGCUAGGACAUGGAGACAACCUGGCCAGACUGCAGCCGCUCUGCAUCAAGAGCCUGAACAAGAAGGAGGUGAUCCGUGUGGCUGCCGGCGCUCAUCAUUCCAUCGCUCUGACGGCUCAGUCUCAGGUGUAUUCAUGGGGCAGCAACAUCUGCGGUCAGCUGGGACACAUGGAGACUCCCAGCACUGUCCCACGCCUCGCAAAGCUGUCGGAGGGGAUCAGGGUGUGGGAUGCGAGUGCAGGAGAGCAACACACUCUGCUGCUGGCCGACGGAGACUGCAUCCAGCCCAUCAUUUACUACAGCGGGCGGCAGGUGAAGGAGGAUGAGGAGGGAGGCGGAACAGAGGAGGAAGUGGAACGGGCAGGAGGCUGCACCCAGCAGCCUGUCCUGCUCCCUUUCUGCAUGAACCUUGGCUACGUCAGCAGCGUAGCCGCGGGCGGUCGUAAGUGCGCUGCGCUCUCCGACAGGAACGUCAUGGGCUUCAUCGCCAGCCUUCACGAAUUGGCGUCAGCAGAGAGGAAGUUCUACUGUAAACUAUCAGAUGUCAAAUCUGAGGUCAUACGCCCCCUGCUGGAGCUGGAGGCUCUGAGCUCGGCGCUGGGGCCGGUGGUCACCGAACUCCUGCAGACGUUGGCGGGUAGAUUCGGUGUGUUGGCUCGUCUGACGGGCCAGCACGCCGCAAGCCUCACCGCCAGUCUCCGACGGGGCCGUGACGUAAAGACCCUUCUCAUCCUCGACCACGCCAGCAUCUUUCUAGACUUAUAUAACGAUUACUUCUCAGCUGUGGGUAACUUCUUCGUGAUGGGUGGUUUCCAUGCUCUUACAAAACCGUCCCUGGACAUCUUUGGGAAAACCCCCGAGCUGCUGCAGAGGCUGCUGGAAAGCGGCGAGGAGAACGCAUCCACCUCCGACCUCCUCACUGCGCUCUUCUACCUCCCAUUGCAGCACCUGCACGAAUACAGUCGCCUGCUGCUCAAAUUGACCACCUGCUUUGAAGUGAGCUCCGGUGACUACCAGAAGCUGCAGGACACCUGCUCCAAGUUUGAAGCUCUGACUCUGCAGCUGAAGAGGAAAAGGAAAGAGGCUGAAUACACCUUUCACUUCUGGAAGAGCUUUCCAGGGAAAAUGACGGACUCCCUGAGGAAACCUCACCGCCGACUGAUCUACGAAAGCAGCAACAAAUCUCUGACCGUGCAGAAUGCCGGGAGGUUCUCCGUCAACUGGUUCAUCCUCUUCAAUGACUCUCUGGUGCACGCGCAGGGCGUGGCACCUUGUAAAAACUUCGUAAGUAUGCAGCCAGCUAAAGGUUUCAACUCUUACUCCAAGUCCCCGUCCUUCCUUCUUCAUCGUUCUGUUUCCGUUUUUUUUUUUGUCUUCUUUGGGGAGUUUGUUUGCCCCAAUAAGGCUCUGAACAAAGAUGAUUUCUAUCAAGGUUAUUGGAAAGAGGGGAAAAUGCAUGGCCUCGGGACAUACCGGUACGCAAGCGGUGAAGUUUACGACGGUUCCUUCCAGGAUGGCGUGCGGCAAGGCCAUGGGAUGCUGCGCAGCGGAAAGCACAACACCUCAUCCCCCAGCGUCUUCAUUGGACAGUGGCUCCAGGACAAGAAGACGGGCUAUGGAGUCUUCGACGAUAUCACAAAAGGGGAGAAGUACAUGGGAAUGUGGCAGGACCACCAACGGCAGGGCAUGGGGGUUGUUGUCACCCAGUUUGGUCUGUACUAUGAAGGAGCCUUCAAAGACAACAAGAUGACGGGUACUGGAAUCCUUCUGUCUGAGGACGACACGACCUACGAGGGGGAGUUUUCUGAUGAAUGGACCCUCAGCGGAAAGGGCGUUCUCACCAUGCCUAACGGUGACUACCUGGAGGGCUCCUUUAGUGGCGAGUGGGGGUCUGGUCUUAAAGUGACAGGCUCCUAUUUCAAACCAAACCUGUUCGAAGCUGAAAAGGACAAGAACCGCGCCGUAAAGCUCGGCCGUCUGAGCGUGAGAGCGGAGGAAAAGUGGCAGGCGGUGUUCGAGGAGUGCUGGAGUCAGCUGGGCUGCGAAGCAGCAGGGCAUGGGGAGCACUGGAAGGCCUGGGAAAACAUCGCUGUGGCCCUGACCGCCAACAGGCAGCAGAUACAUGACAGCCCAGAUACUUUGUCUCGGAGUCACAGUAAAACCCUGGAGUCUCUGGAGGUGAUCCCCCAACAUGAUGGACCGAUCACAAUGGAGAGAUAUCACAGCAUCCGACUCUAUCUGAUCAAGGCAUGUGACACCCCCCUCCACCCUCUGGGCCGGCUGGUUGAGACCCUGGUGGCGGUCUACAGGAUGACCUACGUUGGCGUUGGAGCAAACCGUCGGCUGCUGCCUCAGGCAGUCAACGAGAUCAAGUCUUACCUCUGUCGCAUCUUCCAGAUCGUCCGGUUUCUCUUCCCCGACCUGCCAGAAGAGGGCGGUCUAAUACCAGAGCCUACAGAAGGUCCUGCGGGCAGUAAGCAGGAUGCCGCAGACGCCCGAGCAGAAUCACCCAAACCAGGCCGCGUGGUGAGCAGUUCGGCUCUGCUGCUCCCCGUCCUCCUGCCUCGCCUCUACCCUCCGCUCUUCACCCUCUACGCUCUGGAAAAGGAGAAGGAGGACGACAUGUACUGGGAGUGCGUCCUGCGCCUCAACAAGCAGCCCGACCUCGCCCUGCUCGCCUUCCUGGGGGUCCAACAAAAAUUUUGGCCCGUUUCCAUCCCUAACGCUCCACCAACUCCGGGCGAGAGGCAGCCGGUCAUCCCGACCACGAAGGACGCCUGCUUCGCCUCGGCGGUGGAAACUCUGCAGCAGAUCAGCACGACUUUCACUCCGUCGGAUAAGCUGCAGGUUAUCCAGCUCACUUUCGAGGAGAUUACCCAGGAGGUGCAGUCGCUGCUGAAGCAGGACUUCCUGUGGUCCAUGGACGACCUCUUCCCCGUCUUCCUCUACGUUGUGCUGCGCGCCCGAAUCCGCAACCUCGGUUCAGAGGUGAGCCUCAUCGAAGACCUAAUGGACCCUUGCGUUCAGCACGGAGAGCAUGGGAUCAUGUUCACCACCUUGAAGGCCUGCUACUACCAGAUCCAACACGAGAAGAUUUCAUAGAACGAUUCCUGCGUUUUUCCCCUCUUCCUCCUUCACCGGUUCAGCCGAUGACGGGAAGUUGGUAAAACUCAAGUCUGCUUGCUCAGGAAGUAGAGAGUUUGAUCAUCACCAGUCUUGACUUUUUUCCGUUCUGAUCAGGAAGAUGGAAACAUAAACAACGAGCUGCUUUCUCCUCUUCCUGAUCCAGCUGGAAGUAUUACUGAGUUUUCUAGCGCGUUGACGGAAAUAAGAAGCAAGACGACGAGAGCAGAGUAAAAGAUUUAAAAGCUACAGUCGUAUUU